AUGGCAUCCCCGUUGACGACGGACGAUAAUAAUUUGCCAUGUCCUCAAUGCCCGAAGACGUUCACAAGUCUAAAGUUACUGCAGACUCAUCAACAGAUGUUCCAUACAGAUAAGAAUAUCAAAGUUGUGACAUUCCCAUCAUCUCUAGAUUUUUUUUGGUUCCAGGCGUUUAUCUGUGAGACAUGUGGUAAAGCAUUCCGAUUCCGGUCCAAUCUGGCCGAGCACCGUUCCGUACACACCGCCCUUAAACCAUAUGUUUGCAAGUUUUGUGGAAAGAGCAGUCGAUUGAAAGGAAAUCUGACCAAGCACAUCUUAAAGCAUCACAAGAAAGAACAGAAUGAUGCUAUUGGGAAAGAUGAUAUCAUUGUGACCAAGAAAGAGCCGACUGUCUCUGCUACUCCUUCCGCUUCAUCAAGUGCGAAUGGUAGUAGCAACGGAAGCACUGCCAAGGUGCUCGCCAACAAUAACAAUGUGAAAGUGGAAUUGGAUGACCCGAGCUUUUACAACUUAACGUCAACGUCCUCCGUUAAUGGCGCACCCGAAAAGAAGGUCUUCAAUUUUCUUCCACGCGAGGAGACGACGGACCAUGAGAGGAGCAUCCUCAUCUCGUUGGGCCUCGAUUACACAUCAUCGCUCGAUCUGCGCGAAACGCCUGAGACCAGUGUUUCUCCGGAUAAUGUCGUGAAAUCAAUCGACUUUGACUCUGAUGGCGGCUGCUUCGACAGUCCUUUGAUCAACAAUACGACUGGCGGUGAGACUUCUCUGGCGGCAUUGAUUGCGCAAGUAAACGGUUCUGGUGCAGCGGAAGCGACAAAGACCAACGGUCCACCGGGAACACAGUGCCCAGAAUGCGGCAAGCACGUGCGCAAAAGCUCUUACCUUCAAGUGCACAUGUCGCUUCAUCACGGUUUCCCGCCACUUGAAGCCGGCACUUCGUCGGAUGACAAGAACUCCGAGGCGAACUCCAACGACGACAGUCUUCAGUCGGAGUUGCGUGCCAUCGCUAAUGCGAUCUGCGAUCUUCGCGCCUCGCAGCUGACGACGCCAAAAAUCGAACAGCUUCUUUGCGGUAUUGACGCGCGCGUCUCCCGACUAGAAAAGAACAUGGACAUGGCGCUGAACUCAAUCUACACCCUCGUCCAACUCCAAACCGGCAUGAACUCCAGUGUGAACCGAUUCAAGGAUGAUGCUGCUUCCAAGCUUCAAGAUAUCAAACUCAUCCUUGAGAAGGCAACCUCGUCAUAA